AAAAUGUAAUUCUCUUCAAGCCUGGCAGCGAAAACUGCUGCUGUAACCUGAAUCCAGUUCCAUCCAUGGCUGCUGAGAUACCCGACAGCCCCAGAGGACAAACUUCCCUGUCCCCACUGCUGCCCCCGCUGCUGCCCACGCCCACGGACCCUACCAGCUCCCCCAGAGCUUUACCAACAGCAGGGAACUUUCUCUCAAGACCUUCCUCCUUCUUAUCAAACCCCGAAUCUUCUCUUUCUUCUUCAAAGACACGCAGUUUGUGUGUAUGCUCCUGUGAAAUUUAAUGAAUCAAACAUAAAGCCUUUGAAAUUGUGAAUUAUCCCGAGUCUUGAGGGGAAUGUGGCUACGCGGCCUAGGUCAUGCCACAUGCAGCUGCAACUUCUGCCUUUUUCUCUGUAAACAAUAAAGACCAAAUGGCACUGGAGAUAAGACCCCCUCAGAUGACUACCCCUCCUCAUGGAGUCAUAACGCAAUCUUUCUUCAAAUACAGAGAUCCCUAACCAACGGAACCGCUGCGGCGUGUGCCCCUGGCCUCGUAUGAGAACUGUGGUGAUCCUGCUGGAGCUUCUGUCUCCGCCUGGUAAGUGAAACCUGAGCUUCUCCACUUGGAAACGCUGACCCCAUUUGUCUGCAGUCAGUGCCUUCCCGGGUGGCCAUCCUCAAACUCUGCGCUCAAAUACACACUAUAGGUAAUCAGAUUUUCUGAAUCUCAUUAUUUGCGGUUGACACCUGAAUUGCAAUGCUUUCUUCCCAAAUAAAACGUUAAAUUUGGAGAGUCAUCUCUACAUUUUUAUUUUGACUCUGACUCAAUCUCUAAAGACCAUUUCUCAUCAAAAUAAACCAGGGCUUUAUUUUUUUUUAGACAGAGUCUCACUCUGUUGCCCAGGCUGGCGUGCAAUGGCAUGAUCUCAGCUCACUGCAACCUCUGCCUCCCAGGUUUCAAGUGAUUCUCAUGUCUCAGCCUCUGGAGUCGCUGGGAUUACAGGCGCACGCCAACACAGCCCGCUAAUUGUUGUAUUUUUAGUAGAGACAGGGUUUCAACAUGUUGGCCAGGCUGGUCUCAAACUCCUGUCUUCACGGGAUCCUCCCACCUCAGCCUCCCCAAGUGCUGGGAUUACAGGUGUGAGCCACUGCGCCCGGCCCAAACCAGGGCUUCUUGAUGAAAUCAUGGAUUCCAACUGUGACCUAGAAAUGCCCAAGGUGAGUUUAGCCAUAAUGUUGGUAACUGGGCUGGACAUCGUGGCUCCCAUCUAUAAUCCCAGCAUUUUGGGAGGCCAAGGCGGGAUGGUCACUUGAGCCCAGGAGUUCACAACCAGCCUGAGCAACAUAGCAAACCCUUUUAUACAAAAGUAAAAAUAAAUUAGCCAGGUGUGACAGUGCGUGCCCGUAGUCGGAGCUGCUUGGGAGGCUGAGGUGGAACCGUCACUUGCACCCAGAAGGAUGAGGCUGCAGUGCUGGGCAACCCAGCCUGCGCAACACAGUGAGACCCUACCUCUAAAAAACGUUUUUCAAGUAGUAACUGAAAGGCGGGUAAUAGUGGUAGGCAAUGCGGGGAUCAUUAUAUUAUUCUACUUUUAUGUAAAAUAUCCUUUAGAAUUGUUAUAAAAAGACUACUUAUCUCAAUUUUUACCUAUCAACCACUACUUUAUUUCAAAUACUGAGCCAUGUAUCAGCUACCAAACCUCAGUUCUUGUGUCAGAAAUUGCAGAAGAAAAUUUGAGGAGCCUCUGUUUCUUGUGCCAAGGGGGAAGCCAGGCCUGUGGCCUGAGCCAUGCAGCACGUGUGCAGCUUCAGCUUCUUGGGCUGGGCAGGCUGACAGGCGACCACACAGCCUCUUGUUCUUAUUUUGUAAAUGACUAGGAGAGAGCAGAGGCCAGACUUCCCUGCUUCCCAUUACUGAUCUUUGCUGUGGACCAGCCGCCUCCUUCCUUGUCCUGUGCACCUGUCCUCAGACUAGAUGGCACGACGACCCCGUGACAUACUCCGUGUGGAAUGCCAAACAUACCUUUCCCAAUAGGAAACGACCACCUUGGCUAAUCAAAGCACAGUAACUGUGCAUUCACCCUCAGAGAGAAAGAUGCUGGAAUUGUGUUAAGUUUCCCUAAACUUCAUCCAUAGAAAUGAUCCCAAACUGCUACAUUUCAGAACACCGACUUCCGUUCUUUGGAAUCUGUGCUUCCUGGGCGGCCUGUCCUCAAACUUUCUGCUUGAAUAAUCUCUCUUUAAAGUAGAUUCUGACUCUUGAUUAUUUUAGGUUGACAAUGUCUUCAGGGAAAUAUAUUCCACACUGAAUUCCUAACUUAAAAAACAAAGAAAAGCUAUAAAAAAGUGGAAAAAAAAGGUCAGGCACGGUGGCUCAUGCCUGUAUUCCCAGCACUUUGGGAAGCCAAGGAGGGUGGAUCGCUUGAGGUCAGGAGUUCAAGAACAGCCUGGACAACAUAGUGAAACCCUGUCUCUACUAAAAACACAAAAAUUAGCUGAGCAUGGUGGUGCAUGCCUGCGAUCCCAGCUAAUUUUUUAAAAAUUGGCCAGGUGUGAUGGUGUGCACCGGUAGUCCCAUCUACUUAGGACGCCGAGGUGGGAAGACCGCUUGAGGCUGCAGUGAGCCUUGAUUCCAACACUGCACUCCAGCCCGGGAGACAGACAGAAAUCCUGUCACAAAACAAAACAAAACAAAAAAUAAAGAAAAGGGUGAAGAAAAGAAAAAGGAAAGAAUGAGAAAAAGAAGAAAAAAAGAAAAAGAAAAGGAAGGAAGGGAGGGAGGGAGGGAGUAGGGCAUCACUUUGUCUAAAUAAUUGUAACUACAAAAAAGUGGAGGCAGGUAAACUAAAUAGAUGAGUAUGGCCAGAGCACGGGAAGCAGCAGGAAAGGAAGGAACAGACAUGUAUGGUUCGGACUAGAUGAGUGUUUCUGAGCCUUUUUUUGAUAAAUGCCCUCCCUCCAUUCUGAUACACACUUCAGGACACAGUGUGGGAAUCAUGUCAUGUCUGAACCUCCUUCAACCAAGAUUUUGUCCAGCAUUAGAUUCUAUUUUUGCAUUGUUAAGCAGGUUUUUGUUUUGCACCAUAAAACUGUAAUAUUCAGUAUGCUUGUUCAACACCUCUCCUACUUUCUAAACCCUACUUCUAGCCUCCUUAAGAAGCAGUGGAUGAGAGGAGUCCCCAAAUUUAAACCUCCAGAGUUUUGCAUAAUUAUCUCAUUCCACUGCAGGGGAGAAAAUAUAAUUUCUCUUCUUUCUCUCUUUAUUAGUUGAGACAUUCUCCUGAAAACAAAAUUCAGAGCAACAGGAGAAACCAGCAGAAGUUUAUUAGCACUUGCUGUACCCAUCGUGUGAGAGGUCUCGGUUCAAAAGUACUUCUCUCUCAAGGCAUGCUGUGAACAGCACAAGGUCAGACAUAACCAGGUCCACACACGUGUAUGUCUUUCCACAAGGUGGAAAUAUAUUGAUGCUAUUUCAAUUAUAAAAGCCACGAGCUACGAGGAGUUGCCUCGAGACAAUUCCCUUCAGUACUACUUGUUAACUUGGUAGAGCCAUGGGCAGAGGCUCAAGCCACUCCACGAGUCAGUCAAUACUGCAAAUUAUACAUCACUGUGUACUUAAAAUACAAACGUUAUGGUUUAAACAUUCCCCAUCAAACAAAGUAACAUUGGACAUCAAGAGAAAGGGGAUAGGAAAAGGGGUUAAUGGAUCAAACCAAGGAAAAGCAAUGACGGGAACAAGGAGUGUAUUCCGGCCUGAUCCAGACAGAAGUCACUGUCUUCCAAGGAAGUCUUUGAUGCGAGCAGAUCCUUAGGCAACAGAUGCAGGGUGCUAAGCACAAGUGACAGCGAGGUGGGGUCUAUCAAAAUGCCAGUGUUGAACUGGUCAAAUCCCGCCCUUUUUAAGGUCACAGUCCUCUGGUGAGGACUCAUAGUAAGAGUGCCUGGUCAUGUCUUUAUCUGGCUGAGUGCUGUCUCUAUUAACUAGGUGCACAUCCAGUCCCUGUUGCCAUGAUGCCUUUUGAAAUGUAAGAUUAAAUCUUUUUCUAAGAUGUAGGUACUUAUGCGACAGGUGCUUUAUACAAAGCAGUAGCGUAGGGGCCUUAAUUAAAUAGUAUUUUAACAAAAAGCCAUAAAUCCUAUAUGGUGACAAGCCAAAAAACAGUGCAUCUUCAGACUUCUAAAAUGCAGGGGCCGGGCGCCGUGGCUCAGGCCUGUAAUCUCAGCACUUUGGGAGGCCGAGGCGGGUGGAUUGCUUGAGGUCAGGAGUUCGAGACCAGCCUGGCCAACUGCUGAAACCCCGUAUCUACUAAACAUACAAAAUCAGCCGGGCGUGGUGGCGCAUGCCUGUAAUUCCAGCUACUUGGGAGGCUGAGGCAAGAGAAUCGCUUGAACCCGGGAGGCGGAGGUUACAGCGAGCUGAGAUUGCGCCACUGCACUCCAGCCUGGGCGACAAAGCGAGACUCCGUCUCAAAAAAAAAACAACAAAAACACAAAGUGCUCGACAGGAACUCUCUGUAAGCGGAAGAGUAUCGCCAUCGCACCUUCACCUUCACCUUGGGCAGCCCGGUGCCGUCUUCCCUCAGCCUGCGAUUAACGAGCGGAAGGCCGCACUGACCUAUUUCAGAUCCCUUAUUUCCUUCCUAAAACCACUCAAGAGUUUCGGCACAGUGGCCGACCCGUGUGAGGAACUUGCUUCCCACUCACCAAAAGACAAACCCUUCGCCCAUCCCUGGCCGCGCACCCGGCCGGUCACCCGCGCUGCCACCCCGACCACCCUCCGGUCCAUAAAGAGCCCGCGUUUGGGACGCCUCGCAGGCUGAAGGGAAGCCUGGGCGUCCGCGCUCCGUCUGCCCUUUCUCCCCUCGCGGGCUUCCUCUUUCCUCACUUUCUCCCGCCACUACUCUUCCUCUUCCUUUUCCGCGAAUCCAGCCCACUUCUUGUUUCAGGACCUCGGCUCGGCCCCAAGCCCCCGGACCAGGCCGGGUCACGUGGGUCCAGGGUCACGUGCCGCUGCGGAUCACGUGUCGGCCUGCAUCACGCGUGAGGGGGCGCGCUGUGCUGGAAGCUGCCGCACCUGCGGGGAGCGGAGCCGCCGGCGCUCGACGCGCGCGCUCUCGCGAGACCCACGGGGUCACGUGACGCCCGGGCGCGGCGCAGCUCACGUGACAGGCGCUGCCGGCCGCGGGGUCUUCUUCGUGCCGGCGUCGCAGUGGCCGGGCUUCUUGCGUCUGGUAACGCCGCCGUCUCUCACGCCAGCCCUUGGCGCCCGCGCCCCGCCGCCGCCCCAGCGCCCGGCAGUCCGCGGCCCAACCGCCGCCCGCGCCCCUGCUCCCCUCACCGUACCCGGCCGCCUCGCGCCAUGGCGGCCCCCGGCAGCGCCCGGCGACCCCUGCUGCUGCUGCUGCUGUUGCUGCUGCUCGGCCUCGUGCAUUGUGCGUCAGCAGCAAUGUUUAUGGUGAAAAAUGGCAACGGGACCGCGUGCAUAAUGGCCAACUUCUCUGCUGCCUUCUCAGUGAACUAUGACACCAAGAGUGGCCCUAAGAACAUGACCUUUGACCUUCCAUCAGAUGCCACAGUAGUGCUCAACAGCAGCUCCUGUGGAAAAGAGAACACUUCCAACCCCAGUCUCGUGAUUGCUUUUGGAAGAGGACAUACACUCACUCUCAAUUUCACGAGAAAUGCAACACGUUACAGCGUCCAGCUCAUGAGUUUUGUUUAUAACUUGUCAGACACACACCUUUUCCCCAAUGCAAGCUCCAAAGAAAUCAAGACUGUGGAAUCUAUAACUGACAUCAGGGCAGAUAUAGAUAAAAAAUACAGAUGUGUUAGUGGCACCCAGGUCCACAUGAACAACGUGACUGUAACGCUCCACGAUGCCACCAUCCAGGCGUACCUUUCCAACAGCAGCUUCAGCAAAGGAGAGACACGCUGUGAGCAAGACAGGCCUUCCCCAACCACAGCGCCCCCUGCGCCACCCAGCCCCUCGCCCUCACCCGUGCCCGAGAGCCCCUCUGUGGACAAGUACAACGUGAGCGGCACCAAUGGGACCUGCCUGCUGGCCAGCAUGGGGCUGCAGCUGAACCUCACCUACGAGAGGAAGGACAACACGACGGUGACAAGGCUUCUCAAUAUCAACCCCAACAAGACCUCGGCCAGCGGGAGCUGCGGCGCCCACCUGGUGACUCUGGAGCUGCACAGCGAGGGCAUCACCGUCCUGCUCUUCCAGUUCGGGAUGAAUGCAAGUUCUAGCCGGUUUUUCCUACAAGGAAUCCAGUUGAAUACAACUCUUCCCGACGCCAGAGACCCUGCCUUUAAAGCUGCCAACGGCUCCCUGAGAGCGCUGCAGGCCGCCGUCGGCAAUUCCUACAAGUGCAACGCCGAGGAGCAUGUCCGCGUCACGAAGGCGUUUUCAGUCAAUAUAUUCAAAGUGUGGGUCCAGGCUUUCAAGGUGGAAGGUGGCCAGUUUGGCUCUGUGGAGGAGUGUCUGCUGGACGAGAACAACAUGCUGAUCCCCAUCGCUGUGGGUGGUGCCCUGGCGGGGCUGGUCCUCAUCGUCCUCAUCGCCUACCUCGUCGGCAGGAAGAGGAGUCACGCCGGCUACCAGACGAUCUAGCCUGGUGCGCGCAGGCACAGCAGCUGCAGGGGCCUCUGUUCCUUUCCCUGGGCUUAGGGUCCUGUCGAGGGGGAGGCACACUUUCUGGCAAACAUUUCUCAAAUCUGCUUCAUCCAAUGUGAAGUUCAUCUUGCAGCAUUUACUAUGCACAACAGAGUAACUAUUGAAAUGACGGUGUUAAUUUUGCUAACUGGGUUAAAUAUUUUGCUAACUGGUUAAACAUUAAUAUUUACCAAAGUAGAAUUUUGAGGGUGGGGGUGCUGCUCUCUCUGAGGGGGUGGGGGUGCCGCUCUAAAUUGGCUCCACUGUCAUUUGACUUUAGGGUUCUGGUGUUUGGUUUCUUCAUUCUUUACUGCACUCAGAUUUAAGCCUUACAAAGGGAAAGCCUCCGGCCGUCACACGUAGGACGCAUGAAGGUCACUUGUCGUGAGGCUGACAUGCUCACACAUUACAACAGUAGAGAGGGAAAAUCCUAAGACAGAGGAACUCCAGAGAUGAGUGUCUGGAGCGCUUCAGUUCAGCUUUAAAGGCCAGGACAGGCCUGGCCACACGCAGCUGGUGGCCUCGCUCCAGUGGCGGCACGUCCUUGGGCGUCUCUAAUGCUCUGCAGCUCAAGGGCUGGCACUUUUUUAAAUAUAAAAAUGGGUGUUAUUUUUAUUUUUUUUUGUAAAGUGAUUUUUGGUCUUCUGUUGACAUUCGGGGUGAUCCUGUUCUGCGCUGUGUACAAUGUGAGAUAGGUGCGUUCUCCUGAUAUUUCGCCGUGGCUUGGGGAUUGUACACAGGACCAGCUCACGUAAUGCAUUGCCUGUAACAAUGUAAUAAAUAAAAAGCCUCUUUCUUUUU